GGGCAGCUUGGUGCAGUGUGCCCCUGCAGUCUUGCAAUGCAGGAUGUCAGCUGUAUAGUACUGCAGUAGGAAGCUGUGGGACAUGGAGCUGCCUGCUCCCUGUCUCUCCCCCCCUCCAUCCCUGAACAGGAUCUGCAAAAGAGGAGGAGGGGGUGUCUUGGUAUUUUGGUGCAGUUAUCGCUGUGCUUGAUGCUGGGACCAACUGAAAUAUACCUGGGACAGUCCUUGUGUUCAUUACAUUAUAAAGAUGUGUGGUGGAUGCCUCUCACACUCAUCAAUGCUCUGUGUUCUUUCUAUGGUUAUGCUGCUACAUUCAGUGCUUUGUGCUGACAGUGACAGAGGUCAAAGAAAAAUUGUUCAUGUUACUGAGGAUGAAACUGGUGAAGUCAUUGUGCAAACAGCACCAGGUAUGGUGACCACACAUCGUGGUGGCACCAUAAUUCUCCCUUGUCGUUAUCAUUAUGAGCAUUCUGGAGAGGAGCCUGUAUCAAUACGCAUAAAAUGGUCCAAGAUUGAUGAGCCUACAUCCUUCACUGAUGUGUUUGUAGCUCUGGGAAAGGAAAUGAGGGACUUUGGCCCAUACAAGAACCGUGUUUCCCUUCAAGAACAUGAUCCAGGGGAUGCCUCACUGAUCAUCCGCAAUAUUACCUUGGCAGAUUAUGGGAGAUAUGAGUGUGAAGUAACCAAUGAGUUAGAAGAUGACACUGGUACAGUCAAACUUGACUUAGAAGGAGUGAUCUUCCCUUAUUAUCCACGCAUAGGACGAUAUCACAUGAACUUUCAUCAAGCUCAGCAGGCCUGCAAGCAGCAGGAUGGUAUCCUUGCUUCUUAUGACCAGCUUCAUGAAGCUUGGCUGAAUGGCCUUGACUGGUGCAAUGCUGGUUGGUUGCAAGAUGGAUCUGUGCAAUACCCAAUCUCCAAACCACGGGAAGAAUGUGGAAAAAAAGAGACCCCUACUGGAGUAAGGAACUAUGGAUACCGGCACAAGGAGGAUGAGCGUUAUGAUGCCUUCUGUUUUACAUCCAAUCUCAAUGGUAAAGUUUACUUUCUGAAGACAUAUCACAAGAUGAGCUUCCCUGAGGCCUCAAAGGCCUGUGAAAAAAAUGGUGACUCUGUAGCCAAAGUAGGCCAGCUGUAUGCUGCCUGGAAGCUGCAGCUUAUGGACAGGUGUGAAGCUGGGUGGCUUGGUGAUGGCAGUGUCCGCUACCCUAUCGUAAACCCACGGACAAGGUGUGGAGGUACAGAGCCUGGCGUGAGGAACCUGGGAUUUCCUAGUAAAAAGUACAAAUUAUUUGGGGUCUACUGUUUUAGAGGCAAAGGGGAAGAGGAACAGAGUACAGAUAAUAAAAAAAUUAAAGAGGGAAUCAGUAAAUGGAAGUCUAACUAUGUGUAGGCUGCAUGAUGAUUUGGCAUGGCAUAAAUGAAUAUACUGGAUGCAAAAUCCAUAUGUGCUUACUUUUAUCAACAUGUACAUUGGAAGAAAGCAUUUCCUCAAACAGAUUAUAAAUGAUCAUCAUAUUUGGCAAUGACUGUAGACAGUAAAAGAUUAAUGGGAAGCCGUACAAGAAAAAAAAACUGAAAGGAAAUGGAGGACCACAGAUAAACGAAAGCGAUCACAGGUAAUUAGGAAGAAAAGAACGAUCCCCGAGGAAGAGACGACACACAUGCUGUACACAAAGGGACAGAGGUCAGGCUGAUAUGCUGCUGUGAUGUGAGCUGUCCUUGGUGCUGACUCAGAAUCCUAUUACUGUCCUCUGCAUAAACGCAUUCAUUCCUUUAUGUAAAAUAAUAGAAAUAUCAGUAGGGUCAUUUAUCAAACAUUUCAGUGCAGCGCUAAAGUCAUUCAUUUGCUUUUAAAGGGAAUCAAUCCAAUUCCUUACAUUUAUUUUUUAAAUAGAUAUAUAAACAUUAUCAGUUUGAUAUGAAUAACAUUGUCAUUCUGGGUUCAUUUUUGACAUGUUUGACCUCUGUUUAUAUUGUAUUUAAUGUUUACCUUACCUGCACAUAAAGUGUAUUUGUAUUUACUUUAUAUCUAUUAUUCCUCUGAUCUCAGUGCUUUGUCUAUGGACAAUUCUACCCCCAGAGUUUGCGCUAGAAAUGAUGGAAAUGUCAAUGAACUUGUGCUAGAUAGGAUCACAAAGAAAUUGCUUGGAGGAAAAUGUGGCUUGUUCUGCUGUAUACUUACUGUUGUUCAUCAAGAGCACCAGCUGCAAUGCCCGUAUACAGAAAAAAAGGGGUGUAGCAUGCACAUCAGAGUGCUGAUCAAGACUUUAAUUCAGUCUAUUAAAAAAGGUGUGCUGUAACCAUGUUAAAUCUAAUUAAUAUAUAGUAUGUUAGUACAUCACAAACGAUAAUCCACUUGUAGAGUAUACAUAUACAUUUGUUGGAUUAUUGAGGGCUGUAAGUUAUUUUUAACAUGGAAUUUAUUUUGUGGUUUUAAAUGUGUGUUUAUGGGUCCAGAUAAAAAAAAAAUGUAUAUAUUAUUGUAAAUAUAUUUUGGUUACUGAUGUGUAACCAUAGAAGCGGAAUUUUGCCUUUGGAUCCUCUGACAUACAGCAAGGUGCAUUCCUCAAUGGUUGCAGACCUUUAUAUUAAAUAUUAUCAGGAAUAUAAUUGCAAAGAAGCACAAUAAAAAAUUUUUUUUAUUAUGUUGUAUUAAUUGAAUUCCAAAAAUAAAGGUGACCCCCCUUAAAAAAAAAAAAAAAAAACGUAAAACACAUUAUAAUGAAGUUAUAAUGAGAACAAAGCACAAACCAGGACGCAUGUAAUGCUGCACUGUACAUAAAGAAAUCAGACACCUACUAGAAGUACAUGAUUAUGCACACAAUUUUGUAUUGUUGAGAUGGGAUGUUAAUGCAUUUUAAGGCUUGGAGAAUGCUCAAAUGUUAGGGCAUUUUCAUUUUAGCAGGAUUCUGAUAAUGCUUUCAUAGCUACUAUGACAUAUUUUGGGAACUACUGUUACUUAUAACCAUUUCGCACAGUAUGAUUACCUUUUAUAUGCAGCUAUAAGCACAGUUAAACCGAUGUCACUGAAAACUAAAACAUGUAAAAUAAAGAUAUUUGAUUUGAACACAA